AUGGACCAGCCUUCGCAAGCUUCUGCCAUGCCACAGGAUGGUGCUGUCGCAGUCGAUGCGACCGCCCCGACUGGUGUGCGGCUGAACGGCAACGCCAACAGCAACGGUGCGACUACGGGCGCGGUCCCAGCUCCCGCCAACGGCAUCAGUGCCGACGAGAUCGCUCUGUAUGACCGCCAAAUCCGCCUGUGGGGGAUCCAGGCGCAGGAGAAGAUUCGGAGCGCCAACGUCCUCCUCAUCACCAUGAAGGGUCUGGCCAACGAGAUCGCCAAGAACCUGGUUCUGGCCGGCAUCGGCUCACUUACCGUCGUCGACCACGAGGUCGUCACCGAGGUUGAUCAAGGCGCCCAGUUUCUCCUGGCAUCACCAGAGUCGCCGAUCGGCAAGAACCGCGCCGAGGCCGCCAGCGAGCAGAUCCGCAAGCUGAAUCCUCGUGUCGCCGUGCAUGUCGACCAGAGCGACAUCCGUCACAAAGGGCCCAGCUAUUUUGCUGCGUACGACAUAGUCAUCGCGACCGAUCUGGAUCCGGACACCCUCAACAUCAUCAACACAGCUACGCGUCUCAUGUCCAAGCCCCUCUACGCCACUGGCACUCAUGGCCUCUACGGCUUCAUCUUUAACGACCUGAUAGAGCAUGACUAUGUCAUCCAGCGCGACAUGGGCAACGUCCCCACGGAGAUCAAGCCAGAAACCAGAACGCGAUCUGUCAUUGGCUUUCAGACCAAGAAGGAGAAUGGCAAGACGAUCGAGAUGGUGACCAAGCGAGAGCUCUACUCGACCUGGUUCCUCGCUAGCGAUGCGGCCGCGCUCCCCGAGGAGUUCACCAAAUCCCCGCGCCGGCUCAAGGCCGUCACCCCUGCUCUCUCCUGUCUCCGCGCCCUAUGGGACUUUGUCCAAGUCUUCGGCCACGUCCCCGGCCACAACCGAGAGGACCUGCAGCAGUUCACCAGGCUGGCGACGGCCAAGCACGGCGCGCUCGGCCUCCCCAGCAACACUCUGCGGUCCGAGUUCCUCCGGAGCUUCCUGCAGAACCUCGGCAGCGAGAUCGCGCCGGUCACGGCGAUCCUCGGCGCGCAGCUCGCGCAGGACGUCAUCAACGUGCUCGGCCACACGCAGCAGCCCAUCCAGAACAUGGUCAUCUUCGACGGCAACACCAUGGAGUCGACCAUGUACCCGCUCCACCCCGAGGGCCUCCUCGGCGCCCAGCUGCUCUCCGCUAAUGCCGGACUCGGCGUGCCCAUGCCCAACGGCGUCGACAUGGGUGCCAUGGGCGCCAUGCCCGACCUCUCCGCCAUGGGCGCCAUGCCCGACAUGGCAAACAUGGCCGGCCUGCCCGACAUGACCGGCAUGGCUGGUAUGUCUGGAAUGCCCGACAUGACGGGCAUGGGCGCGGCGGGCCCGGGAGGAGUCAUGACCGACGAGAUGCUGCAGCAGGCGGCUAUGUAUGCGCCCGUGGACAUGAACAACAUGCCGCCGACGGACGGAACUUCUUAG